AUGAAUCAACGACGAAUCGGCUUCAAGCAACGGGCGUCGCAGAUCAUACUUCAAGUGCCAGCCGAACAUUUCCGACGUAUCAAAGAAACCGAAGGAAUUGGAUCGAUUAGGAGAGAAACACAGCACUUUUCACGUAAGCCACAUUUCUUCAGUGUGAUUGGAAGACGCGGUAACAGCGGAACAGCUCUACAUGAACAUUGGCGUAUUGCACCCUAG